AUGGUGGGUACACUGCGUAAAUCCAAGGAGGGUGGCCACACCCUACUCCUGGUUGCCAUCGACAAGUUCUACAAAUGGAUCGAGGCCAUGCCGGUUACCAACCAGGCAGGCACGACUGCCGUCACUUUCUUCUGCUCGAUCGUCUUCCGCUUCGGAGUUCCGCACAGCAUCAUCACCGACAAUGGCUCCAACUUCAUCUCCAACGAGUUUAAAGACUUCUGCGAGAAAAUGGGGAUACACCUCAACUAUGCCUCCGUGGCACACCCCAAAACCAACGGUCAAGUCGAAAAGGCCAAUGGCCUCCUUACCGUCGGAAUCAAGAAACGACUCAUGACUCCCCUGCACCGAGCAGCUGGGGCCUAG